UGAGACGGUAUAUUUGAUCCAUAAAUCCACGGUCACACUUGUGCACACACCGCUAUAAAAUUCGGAAAAUUCUGUUAAAACAAUUUUUUAAUUUGUGGGGCAUUGAAAGCUAAAUUUGCAGCACACUCAGGUCGCGGUUAUCUCCUCGUACCUGCCGUCGCUGUCGUCGCAAUCGCGAUCGCAACCGCCCCGCCAACAAACGCCGCCGCGUAAUACCGGAUUUCCCCCCAAUUUCAAGAAACGCAAGAACCGUGGACGACAACGGAGCGGACAGCGCUGCCGCCAUGCCCGGAGCCGGCACGUUCAAGUUAUUCAUCGGGAAUCUCGAUGAAAAAACUCAGGCUACCGAGCUGCGUGCGCUGUUCGAGAAAUACGGUACAGUCGUCGAGUGCGAUGUGGUCAAGAACUAUGGGUUUGUGCACAUGGAAACCGAACAGCAGGGUCGCGAUGCCAUACAGAACUUGAACGGUUACGUUUUGAAUGAUAAUGCCAUCAAAGUGGAGGCGGCCAAAAGUCGUCGCGCCCCCAACACGCCCACUACGAAAAUCUUCGUGGGAAAUCUAACCGAUAAAACGCGGGCGCCGGAGGUGCGUGAGCUGUUUCAGAAAUACGGCACCGUCGUCGAGUGCGACAUUGUGCGCAACUAUGGGUUCGUGCAUCUGGACUGUGUGGGUGAUGUGCAGGAUGCCAUCAAGGAGUUGAACGGUCGCGUGGUCGAUGGCCAACCGCUCAAGGUUCAAGUAUCGACUAGUCGUGUGCGCCCCAAGCCGGGCAUGGGUGAUCCGGAGCAGUGUUAUCGUUGCGGCCGUUCCGGUCAUUGGUCGAAAGAGUGUCCGCGCCUCUAUGGCAGCACCGGAGGCGGACGCGAACCGCCAUCGCCGCUCAGUGCCGGCGGCUACAGAGAUCGUAUGUACGGUCGUGAUCCUUAUCCGCCACCACCACCUCCGCCGCCAUUCCUGCGUGAUCGCAUUAUGGAUGGCUUUAGGGAUUAUGAUUACUAUGACCGCCGCUUCGAGGAUUCACGCGAUCUGUACGAGCGUCGGUAUCAGUCAUCGCGUAUGCGCGACUUCCCACCGCCACCGAUUUCACGUCGCGAGCCCAUGCCAUUGCCGCCUCCGUUGAGCGGCAGCCUGCGCUCUUGCAGCGUCACACGUGGAUAUGACACCAUGUUCAGUCGUCGCUCGCCACCGCCGCCACGCAGCAGCAAUGGAAUGAGUCGCUAUGGCUCGCCAACACCUCAUGGCUAUGAGGACUUUAGUCGCGACUCCUUUGACGAUCGUAUGAUCUCGUCACGCGGCAUGCGCGGUCCCUCUCCACCGGGUCGCCGCUAUGCGCCCUACUGAGAUGAGUUUUACUAUCACGGCAGCAGCUGAGUGGCAUCCCAUCCCCAAACACGUUGAGAACAGAAACAGACUUGUGGCUGCUCAGCUGGUCGCCAGCAGCAGCAAGCUGUCAUCCUUAACAGAAUGUGCUGCUGCUGCCGACCACAUUUUCACACUUGUGGCUGCCGCGUACUCGUAUUUUACUACACUAACACUAAUCGUAAACUUAAACAAGAAAAUACCAUAUUUGUCGCAGCAUUUUCCCUCCUAUAUGCUCCUCCACACACGCGUUUGGACCGAACGGAAUCCGCUGAAUGUUGGUCAAGACCCUGCCCCACACACAUACACACACACACACACACCAACUAGACAACGACAGCUCAUGCCCUCUCCAGCAAUUAAACGAUCGAAAGUUAUUGAAUAUUGUGAAGUUUUGUGUGUACCAAUAAAGCAUCGAUAGCAGUCGAAAUAUGCAAAAA